AUCCCAUUCCUUAGCAACCGAAAUUGGCAGAAAAAGAGUUGUCUCCGAGGAAUUUGACACAUAUCAACACCAAAAGCGUGCCCACCAGCAAUUGGAUGAUGAGCAGCAACUAUUCAGUCAACUUUUGGCACCUUUUGAUGAGUCCCCUUCUGCAUUUAACCCAGCCACUUCCAAUAACAGCACGACGACCAAUGCUGCUACUGCGAUUUCAAAUUCAAAUCAGGCUUCUUACAAUUUCCCUGCCCACCAUGAACAACAUCUUCAGCCGCACCCAGCACAACAACAUCAUAAUCAACCAGAGCUACAACCUUAUCCCUCAUCCUUGCCGACGAAUAUUCAGGCUGCACCAGUAGCCAUCGCUAAUGAUUCUUCAAAUGCUAAUACUUCUUAUUUGAACUAUCAGCAACACUAUUCACCUUCUUCGCUCGGUACUAGCGGCGCAAUGCCAACUCAUCAACAACAGUUGCAGCAGUUGGCUGGGCCUCCUGCUACACACUAUAACCAACAGCCGCAUCAGCAACAACAACACCAGCCAUAUCAGUUCAAUUUAAUGCCUGCUUCUAUGACUGCCCCUCUGGGUAAUAUGAAAGCGCAUUACUAUUCUUCCUCUACAACAAACAAUGGUUAUACCGCUGCAACUACAGGCGCCAAUCCUACUGCUUCUGUGUCUGCUCCUACGUAUUAUGGACAAACCCAUACUGCCUCUUCUUAUCCUUAUCAACCGCAACAACCGCAACAACCGUAUCCAUAUCAACAGCAGCACCAGCCUCAAUCCGCUAUUUCGCACCCUUCGACCACUCAAAUGAUUAUCCCAUCUGUACCCAUGUAUGACACUAAUAUAGCACCUUUUGCUGGUGUCCUUAGCAAGGCCAACUUGAAGAUCAUUGGUGACUUGAUGGAGAUGACCUAUGGUUGGAACGAGAGGGAGUGGGCCAACGGACGGCGACUUGUUCAAUUUUGGAGACGACAACAUGUUGGCAAUGGUGAGGGCUCCAGAAAUAUCAAUGAUAGUGCUAGUAGUAGCAAUGAUAAUGAAGUAGAAUGCGGUUUUAAAGCAAUCGACCAAGAGGAAUAUCAACAACAACGUAUUCGCGAAAACAUGGCUUCAAAGUACACGGCCACCACUACUACUACGCCUAAUACAAUAAAUGGUCAUACAGCAAGUAACAGUACAAAUGGUAGUGGCAGCAUGAUGAGCUCGACCAGCAUGAAGAAGGCAAACCCACUCAUCAUCUCUUGUAUAUAUUGGCGUGAGCAUAAUGAUUUUUACAUCACCUCUGUAGACUGUAUCUUUCUAUUAGAAGGCUUAAUUGGUGUGGAAUUUACUGUAGAAGAAAAAAACCGUAUACGUCGUAACUUGGAAGGUUUCCGUCCGUUAACAGUGAGCAAGUGCAAGCCUGAAUGUUCAGAGUUCUUCAAAUUGAUCAUGGGAUUUCCUCAUCCCAAGCCGCGUAAUAUCGAGAAGGAUGUCAAGGUAUUUGCUUGGAAAACUUUACCUAGUGCUUUAAAGAAAAUAAUACGCAAAUAUACACCAAGUUAUAGCAGUACAGCAGUCGUAAAUAUUAAUGCGGCUUCUGGCAAUAAUGCUCUAUAAUGACUACAUUAGCAACUUCAUCCGCC